CAGCCCUUCCACAGCGACGGCGGCAGCCGCGGUGGCUGGGUCGGUGGCGGAGGCGGCGGCGGCUGUGGCGGCUGCGGGCUGAGCAGCGAGUUUCCGAUUUAAAGCUGAGCUGCGAGGAAAAUGGCGGCGGGCGGAUCAAAAUACUUGCUGAACAGUGGAGUCAGAGACCGAUAAAAAUAAACUACUUGAACAUCAUUUGACUGGUUAGCCAGUUGCUGAUGUACAUUCACAAUGAGUGGAUUAGGAGAAAACCCCUUGGAUCCACUGGUGCCCGAUUCACGGAAACGCAAAUUGCCAUGUGAUACCCCAGGACAAGGUCUUACCUGCAGUGGUGAAAAGUGGAGACGGGAGCAGGAGAGUAAAUAUAUUGAAGAACUGGCUGAACUGAUAUCUGCUAAUCUUAGUGAUAUUGACAAUUUCAAUGUCAAACCAGAUAAGUGUGUAAUUUUAAAGGAAACAGUAAGACAGAUUCGACAAAUAAAAGAACAAGGAAAAGCUAUUUCCAAUGAUGAUGAUGUUCAGAAAGCUGAUGUAUCUUCUACAGGACAAGGGGUUAUUGAUAAAGACUCCUUGGGACCACUUUUACUUCAGGCAUUGGAUGGUUUCCUGUUUGUGGUGAAUCGUGAUGGAAACAUUGUAUUUGUGUCAGAAAAUGUCACACAGUACCUGCAGUAUAAGCAAGAAGACCUGGUUAACACAAGUGUCUACAAUAUCUUGCAUGAAGAAGACAGAAAGGAUUUCCUUAAAAACUUACCAAAAUCUACAGUUAAUGGAGUUGCCUGGACAAAUGAGACACAGAGACAAAAAAGCCACACGUUUAAUUGCCGUAUGUUGAUGAAAGCACCACAUGAUAUUCUGGAAGACAUAAACACUAGUCCCGAAAUGCGCCAGAGAUACGAAACCAUGCAGUGCUUUGCCCUGUCUCAGCCACGAGCUAUGAUGGAGGAGGGGGAAGAUUUGCAGUCCUGUAUGAUCUGUGUGGCACGCCGCAUUACUACGGGAGAAAGAGCAUUCCCAUCCAACCCUGAGAGCUUUAUCACGAGGCAUGAUCUUUCAGGAAAACUUGUCAACAUAGAUACAAAUUCACUGAGAUCCUCUAUGAGGCCCGGCUUUGAAGAUACAAUCCGAAGGUGUAUCCAGAGAUUUUUUAGUCAUAAUGAUGGGCAAUCAUGGUCCCAAAAACGUCACUAUCAAGAAGCUUAUAUUCACGGCCAUGCAGAAACUCCAGUGUAUCGAUUCUCUUUGGCUGAUGGGACUAUAGUGACGGCACAGACAAAAAGCAAACUCUUCCGAAAUCCGGUAACUAAUGAUCGGCAUGGCUUUGUCUCCACCCACUUUCUUCAGAGGGAACAGAAUGGGUACAGACCAAACCCAAAUCCUGUUGGACAAGGCAUUAGACCUCCAGUGGCUGGAUGUAAUAGUUCGGUAGGUGGCAUGAGUAUGUCACCAAACCAAGGAAUACAGAUGCUGAAUAGCAGGACGUAUGGCUUGGCUGACCCCAGCACCACAGGGCAAAUGAGUGGAGCUAGGUACGGGGCUUCCGGUAACAUAGCUGCAGUGAACCCUGGGCCAGCCAUGCAGUCACCGCCUUCCUACCAGAACAACAGCUAUGGUCUCAACAUGAGCAGCCCCCCCCAUGGGAGUCCUGGUCUUGGCUCCAGCCAGCAGAGUAUCAUGAUUUCUCCUCGUAAUCGUGGGAGUCCGAAGAUGGCCUCACAUCAGUUUUCUCCUGCUGCAGGCGUGCACUCUCCCAUGGGGUCUUCUGGCAACACAGGGAGCCACAGCUUUUCCAGCAGCUCUCUCAGUGCCCUUCAAGCUAUCAGUGAAGGCGUGGGGACAUCUCUCUUAUCUACUCUGUCUUCACCAGGCCCCAAAUUGGACAGCUCUCCCAAUAUGAAUAUAACUCAACCAAAUAAAGUGAACAGCCAGGAUUCGAAGAGUCCCUUAGGCUUGUAUUGUGACCAGAAUCCAGUGGAGAGUUCAGUGUGUCAGUCAAAUAGCAGGGAUCACCUCAGUGACAAAGACAGUAAGGAGAGCACUGUCGAAGGGUCAGAGAAUCAACGGGGCCCUCUGGAGAGCAAAGGCCAUAAAAAAUUACUGCAGUUACUUACCUGUUCUUCUGAUGAGCGGGGUCAUUCCUCUUUGACCAACUCUCCCCUGGAUUCAAGUUGUAAAGACUCUUCCAUUAGUGUGACCAGCCCCUCUGGGGUCUCCUCCUCAACAUCUGGAGUGUCCUCCACAUCCAAUAUGCAUGGGUCACUGCUACAAGAGAAGCACCGGAUUUUGCACAAGUUGCUGCAGAAUGGGAACUCACCAGCCGAAGUAGCCAAGAUUACUGCAGAAGCCACUGGGAAAGACACUAGUAGUACAGCAUUUUGUGUGGAAGGUAACGUCAAGCAGGAGCAACUAAGUCCUAAGAAGAAGGAAAAUAAUGCCCUACUUAGAUACCUGCUGGACAGGGAUGACCCCAGUGACACACUCUCUAAAGAACUGCAACCCAAGGUGGAGGGCGUGGACAACAAGAUGAGUCAGUGCAGCAGCUCCGCUGUUCCCAGCUCGAGUCAAGAGAAGGACGCUAAAAUUAAGACAGAAGCAAAUGAAGAGGGACCUGGAGAUUUGGAUAACCUAGAUGCUAUUCUUGGGGAUCUGACUAGUUCUGACUUUUACAAUAAUUCUAUGUCCACAAAUGGUAGUAAUUUGGGAACCAAGCAACAGGUGCUUCACGGAACUAAUUCUUUGGGGUUGAGGAGUCCACAGUCUGUGCAGCCCGUUCGGCCUCCCUACAACCGAGCAGUGUCUCUGGACAGCCCUGUUUCUGUCGGCUCAAGUCCUCCAGUGAAGAAUAUCAGCGCUUUCCCCAUGUUACCAAAGCAGCCUGUGUUGGCUGGGAAUCCAAGAAUGAUGGAUAGUCAGGAAAACUAUGGUUCAAAUAUGGGUGGGCCAAACAGAAAUGUGACCGUGAAUCAGGCUCCUUCUGUGGGAGACUGGGGCUUACCAAACUCAAAGGCCGGCCGAAUGGAACCUAUGAGCUCACCCUCCAUGGGAAGACCAGGAGUGGAUUAUAAUGCUUCUUUACCCAGACCUACGUUGGGUGGCUCGAUGCCCACCUUGCCUCUUCGGUCCAAUAGCAUUCCAGGUGCAAGACCAAUGUUGCAGCAGCAGCAGCAACAACAGCAGCAGCAACAGCAGCAGCAGCAGCAGCAGCAGAUGCUUCAAAUGCGGCCUGGUGAAAUUCCCAUGGGAAUGGGUGUUGGUCCUUACGGCCAAGCAGCACCAUCGAACCAACCGGGUUCCUGGCCAGACGGCAUGUUGUCCAUGGAACAAAGCCUUCAUGGGGCUCAAAACAGGCCACUUCUUAGGAAUUCCCUGGAUGAUCUCCUUGGGCCACCUUCUAACAUAGAAGGACAGAAUGAUGAAAGAGCAUUACUGGACCAACUGCACACUCUCUUGAGCAACACCGAUGCCACAGGCUUAGAAGAAAUUGACAGAGCUCUGGGCAUCCCUGAACUUGUGAAUCAGGGACAAGCUUUGGAGCCCAAACAGGAUGUUUUCCAAGGCCAAGAAGCAGCAGUGAUGAUGGAUCAGAAGGCAGCCUUGUAUGGGCCGACGUAUCCAGCACAGGGGCCUCCAAUGCAAGGAGGCUUUAAUCUUCAGGGACAGUCACCGUCUUUUAACUCGAUGAUGAGUCAGGUGAACCAGCAAGGCAGUUUUCCUCUCCAGGGAAUGCACCCUAGGGCCAACAUCAUGAGACCUCGGACCAAUACCCCCAAGCAGCUUAGAAUGCAGCUUCAGCAGAGGCUGCAGGGCCAGCAGUUUUUAAAUCAGAGCCGCCAGGCACUUGAAAUGAAAAUGGAAAACCCCACUGCUGGUGCAGCUGCAAUGAUGAGGCCCAUGAUGCAGCCCCAGGUGAGCUCCCAGCAGGGCUUUCUUAAUGCCCAGAUGGUGGCCCAGCGCAGCAGGGAGCUGCUAAGUCAUCACUUCCGACAGCAGAGGGUGGCAGCGAUGAUGAUGCAGCAGCAGCAGCAGCAGCAACAGCAGCAGACCCAGGCCUUCAGCCCACCGCCCAACGUGACCGCAUCCCCCAGCAUGGACGGGGUGCUGGCGGGGCCCGCCAUUCCACAGGUUCCACCCCAGCAGUUUCCAUACCCACCAAACUACGGGAUGGGACAACAACCAGAUCCAGCCUUUGGUCGAGUAUCCAGUCCUCCCAGUGCAAUGAUGUCAUCAAGAAUGGGUCCCUCCCAGAAUCCUAUGAUGCAGCACCCUCAGACCGCACCUGUGUAUCAGUCCUCAGAAAUGAAGGGCUGGCCAUCAGGAAACCUGGCUAGGAACAGUUCCUUUCCCCAGCAGCAGUUCGCCCACCAGGGGAGUCCUGCGGCGUACAGCAUGGUGCACAUGAAUGGCAGCAGCGGUCCCAUGGGGCAGAUGAAUGUGAACUCCAUGCCCAUGUCUGGCAUGCCCAUGGGCCCCGAUCAGAAAUACUGCUGACGUCUACACCAGGACCUCCAAAGAUCACUGUACAAAUGACACUGCACUAGGAUUAUUGGGAGUGAAGAGUCGUCAUUCUAGGCACCUGUUUUUGAAGAAAGGACCAGCUUUGAAUCUCCAUCAAGGGUAUUCCAAGUGAUGUCAUUUGACUAGGACUGGAUUUGAAAAGCUGAAGCAUGAAACCUACCUUUUUCUUUUUCCCUCCUGAUGUGUCAUGGUAUUCAAAAGUUUUGGCAUUCUCCCUGUUAUGGAUAUGGUUCUGGAGGUAAUGGAGUGUUAGUAAUCACAAGACUCUCUGUCCCUUCUGUCUGCCUGGCUGUCCAGUCAUUCAGAUAAGAGUAGGUGGGACAUGGAACGGAGAACAUUGGAAAAAUCAAGAGAUCAGAAAAUCUGGUUUCUCUAGUUGCAGUAAUGGAGGAAGAGCAUCAUCCAGCCUUCGUUUGUGUCUGGCACCACCAGGUGGUUCUGUCCCAUAGGGUUGGAAUUUCUGCAUUUUCUUCCUUUAAUGAUAGUGUUGAGUUGCUCCAACCCUGUUCUUGGUUGACUUAGGCCUUAGCUAGGAUUUUCAUUUGCCCCUAAUGUUUUGUCAUACUUCACCUCCAGGAAUUCCUUGAUGUCAAAUGGCUUUGUAGAAGGGAAAGGGAGAUGACAGUAUUUAACUGCAGCAGUAGCAAACUUUCACAUGCUAACGUGCCGCCGAGUGCACUUUAUUUAGAAUGUAGUGGAUAAAUGCAAUAUUCUUGAGGUCUUGAGGAAUGAUGAACCACAUUCCUGGUUUUUGUCUAAUCUGUUGGAUAAGAACUGUGAUUUUCUUGUUGUUGAAAGUGCUGGUGUCACCCUUUGCCUAUAUGGUAGAGCAAUAAUGCUUUUGGAGAAUAAACUGCAGAAAACCCAAGGCCAGGUACUGCAUUCUGAAUCAGAAUUUUGCAGUGUUUCUGUGAAUAGAUUUUCUCUUGUAAAUAUGACCUUUAAAAUAUUAUAUUAUGUAAAAUAUGUACAUACCUUUUUUGUAGGUCACAACAACUCAUUUUUAUAGAGUUUGUGAAGUUAAAUAUUUAACAUUGUUGAUUGCAGUAAGCUCAGUGUGGUGAGGUUACAAGCAGAAGAGACGUCCCCUGCAUUUUGUGGCCUGGGGGCGGGGACAGAGGCCCAAAGCUCUCCCUUCCCUCCAGCCUUAGAGGCCUCGCUCUUUUCCAGUCUCUUAACCUAAAAGCUUUUUAAAGAGAUCAUUUGUUUAGAUGUAGACAUUUAAAUUUUUAAAAAAAAUUCUUCUACCAGAACUAAGCACUUUGUUAAUUUUGAGGGAAAGAAUAAACAUGGGGAAAUAAACUUUGAAAAAAAAUGUCAAGAACUUAAAAAGAUCAAGCAAUUCGAUUUAAAAAAGAGUCUUGGAAUUUAAGCGGUCCAUACAUUAAACAAUAGUAAUUAACUUUUUUUAAUUAAAUGUGGGAUCUUUUUGUCUAUUUGAGGAUUGCGCUAAGGUUUGGGCUACUGGGACCUGAAUCCCACGUUGAGCUCUCAGGAGCAGAAUCCUUGAUGUGUGGUUUCUGGUGUCUGCUCAGCCGUCGCGUCGCUCACUAACACGUUGCUUUCACCAUCCCUGAGAACAGGAAUAGUGUCCUGGUUAUUUCUUAGGGACUCAGUCCCAAGAAGUCAGUUUUGUGCGAUUCAGAGCUACAGUCUGAGUGCCUUUGCACUCACCCCCUCUGCUACUUAAGCCCCCGCCUGCUGUCACUUCUCCCUGACACUUGUUCUGGUCAGUUGGGGAUAGGAUAAAAAGACAGUGUAAUUCCCUGUGUCUGCUUUAGUUAAUUAGGUUCAAACAAUUGAACGAAAUUGGGUUUUUGUAGUAGCUAUGAAUUUCAAAUGUCUCAGCUAGCUUUGGCGUCAUUUCCUAGCAAUAAGUGAGAGCCAGUUUUUAUUUCAUAUACAUGAAGCUAAUCUUUCUAGGUGCCUCUGAAGGUAAGAUCAUUUAAUUUCUUUGACUUGCUUAUAAAUGAGUGAAAUCUGUAUUUCCAGAACCACCACUAGAGUGGAUUUGAGUGUGACACCCCCUCCCCGCCUGCCCCGUUAAAAAUGAAUCUAAGAUUGUAAAUCCAUCAGCUUCCAUGAAACAGCCCGUCCUUUUCAGAUAGUAUAGCCUCCCGUCUGCAGAUGGACGGACGGACGGACGGACGGACGGAGUCAGAGCGCCUGCCUUUGCAGACAGCUGUGCCGGGGGCGUCGGACCUUUCUCGUUCAGUCUGGUGCGUGCGGGGAGAGAGAACGGUGCUCUUACCUUUCCUGACUUUCAGAAAUUAAAGUUUUAUGAUCCUUUCCCUUGGUCCUGGUUCCGUGCUAACUGAUGGCAGCAGCAUCCCUUUUUAUAUGACAAACAUGUUUAUUGUAAGUUUUUAUAUUUUCUACGUGUUCACUUUAUUGGUACAAACUGAAAGUUUUUAUUUUUUCUUUUAAUAGGUGCAGUCUUUCAGAUAAUUUGUUUUUAACCUUUACUGCCCUUUUAUCUUUUUUGGAUAAUUCUUUGUACUCCUGCUGCCUACCUCUCCUCACCCCCCUCCCCCCACUUUUUUAAACCUUGGUAUGUGUUGGGUGAACAGUAUAAGUAAGUAAUCUUUUCUCUGCUUUUAGAAUGUGAGAUAUUUCCAGUAUACCUACUUUUUUGCUGAAUCCAAAGAUAAAGAUAUAUAUAUUUUUUAAAGAUCAAAAUGAUAUAAAGGGGAUAAUAGGUUUCUUCCUUUAAAAAAGCAAAUAGAAAUUGUUAAUGUUCAUAUUAUGAUGCCGUUUUCUAAAUUGUGCAUCUUGCUGGGAAGGUGUAAAUAUCAAUCACCAGGACUGCUUAAGCGUAUUUGCUAAGGUGAGUUGGGGGUAUAGGGGGUGAGGAGCUGUAGAACAGAAUUGGCUUGCUGUCCCAGAAGUUCUUGGAUCCAGAGAUGCAGCUGGAAAGUCAUAGAAUGCAUUACCAGUUACCCAUAUGCCUGCCCAGUUCCCUUUUUAUUUGCAGAAGCCAUGGGUUUUGUUCACAAGUGGGAAAUUCAUAGCGAAACCUCUAGGAUCCAUGAGAUCUCCUGCUGCUGCGAGGAGUGGGCGUGGCUGCUCAGCCCGAGGCAAACUGUUUAAUAAUGAGCAGGGUGUUGUUUUUCCUUCUCUCUCUUUCUUUCUAAUAUGGAAUUUUGAAGAAGAUGGAAAUGUCAUUCUGAGAGCAAUAUUUAAAUUCUCAGGAAUUGACUUGCAGUAUUGAGAAUGAAUUCAAUUUCAAUCAAGUUUACAUUAAAUGUUGCUUUUUAAAAAUCUAAAUCAUUCUUUACACCACAAAGACUCCAAACCACAUGGGAUAACUUAUGAGAUGGUUGUGUGGUAAGCUAUGACUGUUUUGCUGAUCAUUUUGGGUGUCAUUGUAAAUAAAGGUUUCUAUUUAAAGUUGAA